AGUAGUAUAAAAUUAAAAUAUAAAAAAGUUCCAUUGCUUACAAAAAAUAAAAAAUUCCAUGAAAUUCGUUUAAUUUGAAAUUAAGCUUCUUCGUCUUCUCAGAAUAAGCAUCAUCAUCAUCUCCGAUGAGUAACACGGUGAUGGUUGAACCACCACUCAACCCCAGUUAUGGGUGGUGAGGGUAGAGUUGAAGUUGUGAGUGGAAAAGGGUGUUCAAGGUUGUUUUCAUCUUCAUUCAGAGGUCUUCAGCCAUUGGAGCAAAUGUCUUCUGUUUCAUCCUCGCCGCAAGUGUCAUCAAAUGCUCCUUUUGCUGGUCUUGUUAUAUGUGUUACUGGUUUAUCGAAAGAAGCAAGGAAUCAGGUCAUGGAGGCUACAGCGAGAUUAGGUGGCCAGUAUAGUCCUAAUCUGCAUCCUCAAUGUACUCAUUUGGUGGUUCAGAACUUUGGUGGACGCAAAUUCGAGCAUGCGUUGAAGCAUGGAGCAAAAAAUGGUCUCUUUGUUGUCACACUGGGUUGGUUUGUGGAUAGUGUCAGGAAAAAUGUAAGGUUGACUGAAUCACUUUAUAGUUUGAAGAGUCAUGGAGAUAACAAUAUGCACUUGGAUGAUUUUAGACUGCUUCCCGGUUAUACAAAUGCUGGUAAUUGUCUUCCUGCAAAAAUCCAUGAGAUCAAGCAUACUCAUCAUGCUGAAGAAUUACGAAGAUUCUCUGGGAGAGAGUCUAACAGAAGUCUGGACUCAACUCUGUCUGGUUGCUCCAUCUAUGUUGAUCCAAGCAUUUCAUCCGAAUUGCAAAACAAGGUUGUUGAGGCUGCCUCAAGAGAAGGUGCUAGUUUUGUGGAACAAUGGUUUGUUGGCUGCAAUGUUAGUCAUGUAGUGACUGAAGGGACAUCCAUUCAAAGAUAUCUUGGAUACUCUAGUAACCUCAUUACACCACUGUGGAUUCUCAAAACAGCUAAGGAGAAACAAGUGCAAAGGCUUGUUAACAUGUCUGUUGAUUUGGCAAGACAAGUUGGCUCGAUGCUUGAAGAUGUUCAUAAUGGCAUUUCAGGGAAGGAAGCAGUAAAGCCAAAAGUCCUUGACGAAGUUGGUUACAAAGAAAGGCAACAAAUAGUAAAUUCAGCAAAAAAUGGUGUCAGAAGUCGCCGUGGUCGUCGAAUGCAGACAUGUCAGACUCCAAUCCGUCCGAUAACACCUAACAACCUUCUGGACUCUAUCUGCUGGUCAAUAUCAGAAGCAACUUCAACUGCUUCCAUUUACACAGACUCUUUCAGUGCUGAAGAUCCUAAUGAAAAUCAUACUUCAAUAUUUUUUGAUGCAAAAGGGGAUGGAAAGGAUGCAGACGCUUCAUUUUCGAACUCGACACGUCCUCUAACAGAAAGCGAGAAAUCUGAGUUGAUAUUUAAAAACCAUUUUCUUACCAUACUCUUCCCAAUCGACCGGUUUUCCGAGAUUGGCCCUUCCACAAGAACGUUUUUUAGCCAUAACGGUUUUACGUGUCUUCAGGUGUUGGAUAAUAUCCAUGCAUUUUAUCAGGAGAACAUGCCAAGCCAUGAAAUAGAAGUGGCAAUUCAUACAGAUUCAAGACAUGCGGACAGACUCCGAUCAGUGUACUCAAGUAAGGAAACAGCGGAGCGUGGGUAUGUGAUGUUCAAACGAAUUGAAUUUUUGGGUAGUCGUACAAGUUUUGAAAUGUUGAAGCGUGUAAGUGGGGACAACAACUCCAACGUGUAUGAGUUAUUACUUAGGGCAUAAGGUACAUUAGCAGCUGCAACUGGUAGCUUCUAUACUUCACAAGAAUUGUAUCUAUAACAUUAAGAUAAUAGUGCUGGUGGAAUAUGUCACAUGACUAGGGUGGCCAAAAUGGGGGCUGUGGGUACAAGAAUGGGGGAUUGGCGAUAUGGGAAGAGUAAUAGAGUUUUUCUCCCCCCGUCCGGAAUUCUGGAGGGCAUAAAAA